AUUUGCGGUGUAGCCGAGGCUCCUUGAUGUUGUACCAUGUCUCUCUCUUUCGCAGAUGUAGACGUAACGCAACUUACCAGUAUUGACGAUAUCAAAGCAGCAGCUGCGUGGCUGCAAUGUGAGGAGGCAAGAAUAACAAAUGACUUGGAGAACGUUCUAGAUAGGCAAACACAACUGGACGCACAAGUAGGAGCAUUGCAUAAACAGCUGUCCAACUUGCAGGCAGCUCACAAAGACGGAGAGAAAUUGUCUGCUACAAUGUCUCACACUUGUGAUUUAGCAGAGAAGGUGAGCAGCAAGGUGCGAUUGCUGGAUUUAGCGAAGAGUCGAGUUCAGGAGGCUAUGAAGAGAGUUGAUGAUGUGCUUGAUCUUCGGAGUUGUGUUGAUGGUGUACAGACAGCUAUGGAAAGAGAAGACUAUGAACAAUCAGCAGCUCACAUUCAUCGCUACCUUACCUUAGAUGAGAACGUGCUGAAAGAGACAGCUGUAGAUGCAGCUGAAGGCAGUGGCAUUGGUGGCGCAUUUGCUUUGUUGAGAGAUGCAGAGAAACGAUUAAAGCAGAUUGUAACAGAGAAGUUUGAUCAGGCUGUUGAAAUGGCUGACAAUAGCAAAGUAGAAAGAUUUUUGAAGAUAUUUCCACUUCUAAAUAUGCAUUUUGAAGGACUUGAAAAAUUCUCAGCAUACCUCAGAACACAAAUCUCUCUUAGUGCUUAUGCCCACCUAAGGGAAGCAUCACAAGUCACAGGUGAUAGAGAAGGUGUGGUGUAUGCUGAUACGUUGACUCUUUUGUUUGAGGACAUUGCAAGAUUGGUUGAGAGACACCAACCACUUGUGGAGACAUUUUAUGGACCAGGAAAAAUGUUACCAUUAGUGAAAGCACUGCAGGUCGAAUGUGAUGUUCAAGUUGUGAAAGUGACAGAUCAAUUCAAAGAACAAAGACAUUUGGACAAGAAGAUUUACGACAUUCGAGCCUCAUUUAGUCCACGAGCUGUGUCAAGGUUGGAUCCACGAGAGCUUGAUAUUCUGCUGUCUGAAAUGACAAUGUGCACUGCAAGAGCUGAGCUGUAUAUGCGAUUUCUCAGAAGAAGACUUAGUUCUGACCUUGAUGUUUUAGCUCAAGAAGGUGGAGUAUCUGACGUUACCACUAUUGUUGAGAAAGUCAUUCAAGACAGUCAGACAAGUCACACAAUGCAGGAAUUGACUGGCUACUAUAUUGUAAUGGAGGAAUAUUUUAUGAGGGAGAGUGUGAUGAAGGCUGUUCGCAUGGAUGAGAAAGUAGAGUCUGUUCAUGGUGGCUACACGUCUAGCAUGGUGGAUGAUGUAUUUUUUAUUGUUCAGAAAUCAGUAAGGCGGACCAUCUCUAGUGGCAGCGUGGAUGGGAUAUGUGCUAUGUUAAAUCAUGCAACGACGCUGUUGGUUGAGGACUAUAGAGGAGUCUUGCAAGACAAUUUGAAACAAGGCUUUCCUACUGGCAGUAUUGAUUUGAGUGGCAUGCUUCAAGGGAAGCUGCAGAUGACAGCUAGUGAAGCUGCAGCUGCAAAGACAGCAUAUUUGGUGACACUGAACAAUAUUGAAGCCAGUAUGGAGAAUAUUCAGAAAUUAAAGGAUGAUUUUGAUUUCGAAUGCUCUAAAUUGUUGAGUCAACGAGGUGAACAAGCAAAAGCAAAAUUUGAUACUUGCUUGGCAGAUCUUGUUGCUGCCGCCACUACUUACAAAGACCAGUUGUCUUCCGGAUUAAGUGAACUGUCAGCAGUGGCUGUUGUGCCUCAGCUGAAGCCAAUGGUUGAUGGAUUUCUUUCUGUUAGCCACAACAUUACUGAUGAUGACUUUUCACAUUAUGAGGCUCAAGAUCCAUUUGUGCAAGAGCUCAUUACUGGUCUUCAGUCACUGCUGGACACAUUCAAGGGGGUUCUUGGUCCUUCCAACUACGACAAGCUAGUGAGCUUGAUGGCUGAUACACUGACUAGCCAGUUGGAGCGAGUCGUUCUAAAAUCAUCAUUCAAUCAACUUGGUGGUCUUCAGUUUGACAAGGAGCUGAGAUCACUUGUAGCUUAUUUAUCAAACAUAACACAGUGGACAGUGAGAGACAAAUUCGCUAAACUAACACAGAUGGCAACCGUUCUUAAUUUGGAGAGAGUUGGUGAAAUACUGGAGUACUGGGGUCCCAAAUCAGGACCGCUCACAUGGCGGCUUACUCCCUCUGAAGUGAGAAAGGUCUUAGCAUUGAGGGUUGACUUCAGGAAAGAAGACAUCGACAGACUAAAAUUGUAGCAGAGACAGUAUUGCAAAGCAUUACAUUUAAGCGAAUGUCUUCUAAAGGUUUAUACAUACUGAGACGUUAAAAGUGGAUUUACAACCACUAGACUUUGGAUGUACAUAGUAGAUCGUAUAUGUGCAGGAUCAGCAGUAUGAGCUCAGCUGCCUAACUCCAUUAUGGAUCUGCAUGUGAAGGUGUUGACGUACUAUUUUAGAAAGUCGUUUGCAGCUCUCUAGAUUCUGAGAACCUCUAGUGUGUAGGUUUUUGGGAAAAGGUGGUAUAUAUAAGUCACGUUAUUUCUAAUUAUUUCUUCUCUUAUUUCUGAAAGUUUUACAGAGUUGAUCUAAUAACAUAUUAAUUAACAGUGUGUACUAAAUAAUUAUUAUG